AUGACUAUAUCUGCAACUUCUCAUCAUAAAAAGAGAUUCUACCCCCAAAAGGUAGAUGAGUUUAUUAAUCUUUGGAAAGCUAUAAAAUGGAAAGAUGUACAAUGUGAUGACACCACUGGUCAUUUCCCUCAAAAUCAUUUCAAUUCUGGAAGAUGUUAUGGAAAUGGUGCAUUUUGUAAAUAUGAUUAUGAAUGUUGUUCUCAACAUUGUCUUCAUGCAAGUUACUGUGCACCCGCUGGAUAUACCACCAAGUAA